AUCAUCUCUAACCACCGACCGACUAUCAUAAAAAUUAGAAAUACAGAGACAGAUCUCUCAUCUUCACAAUUUCGUUUUAUUUUUUCUGUAUACAAAAGAAAAAACUAAAAAUCCAAGAGUGAGUUAAUGGCGUUAGCGAAUAACUUAACUAACGGCGAUACUGAACUUACUAGCGUUACUCUGUUCCACACCGAUCACGGCGUCAGGGAUAUGGCUUGCCUCAAAGCCCGACAACAAGUGUGUCAAUCUCCUCCGUUGGCCCGUCCUCCUCCUCGUCUCCACCUGCGGCUUCAUCGGCGCCUCCCAGUACAAGGAGACUCUACUGGCUGUUUACUUGUGCUGUAUGACCAUACUCAUCGGGCUUUUGCUGGUCGUUCUGACAUUCGCCUUCGUCGUGACCCGACCCGAUGGGUCUUAUCAAGUUCCGGGUCGAGCCGUCGAGGUUAUAGAGAGUAUAAGCUCCAAGGGUUCUCGAAUUGGUUGAGAGAGAACGUUGUGGAUUCUAAGAACUGGGGGAAGAUGAGGGCUUGUUUGGCUGUACAAACGUUUGUCCUAAGCUCAGUCAAACAAUUCAUCACCGCUGAUCAGUUCUUCUCUUCUUCUUCCAUCACUCCUCCGCUCCAGGAUCUCGCGCGAGAAGACCGAGUCAGGGACCAAAGGGUUUGGUGAGAAGAAUGUGAUCGGUGUUGGUGUAAAUGGGAAAGUGUAUGAAGGGUUGUUUCAAGGAGGAGCUGUAGGAGUACAAAGUUUAAAAUUAAACCAAUUAUGUACCGAAAUCCAUUUAGGUACAAAGUUUAAAAUUAAACCAAUUAUGUACCGAAAUCCAUUUAAUGGUUUAUUCUCUUUAAAUUGAACCAA